UAAAGUAAUGAGAGGAGGAAGAGGUUCAGGAGGAGGAGGAGGAGGGUGGAGAGGCGGAGGUGGUGGAUCGGGAAGCCAAACCUCCAGCAGCCAGAGAGUCCUUUCUCAGGCUACUCUCGAUGUGAUGUGUCCGUACAAAGGAUGGGCUCUCUACUUCACAGACAGCUUCAUUCAGAGCUCGCCGAGUGUGGAGAAGAUCAAAGUGUUUGAGAAAUAUUUCACAUCAAAGAUUCAACUGUACGACAAGGAUGAGAUCGAGCGUCAGGGCAGUGUCCUGGUGGAUUAUGCUGACUUGACUGGAGAUAAAACCGUGCGUAAAGCUCUUCCUGAUCUGACCACGCAGCUGAAGGAACAGCCGGAGGUGAUACUCAACUGUUUGGGAGUGGCCAUUCACCAGGUGUUGACUAUAGAUUUGGAGAAACAGGCCGCGGAGCUACAAGGGGAGGAGCUUCCUGUCGCUACACCCAUCAUCAACAUCCCUCACAUUAGCGCGAGGUUGUAUAACUAUGAACCACUGACUGCCUUGCGGACGUUGCGUGCCAGUGUGUUUGGACGACUGGUGUGUGUGAGGGGAACGGUGGUCAGAGUGAGCAACAUCAGACCUCUGUGCACCAGGAUGGCCUUCAGGUGUCAGGGCUGCUCACACACUCAGUCUCUGCCACUGCAGCACGGGAAGUACGCCACACCUACCAAGUGUAUCCAGCCCAGCUGUCGCAGUCGCUCCUUCACCCCCAGCCGCAGCUCCCCUCUUACUCACACUGUAGACUGGCAGAUCAUCAAGGUGCAGGAGUUGAUGGGCGGCGAGCAGAGGGAGACCGGACGAAUCCCACGCACCGUGGAGUGUCACCUGACCUCUGACCUCUGCGACAGCUGCGUCCCUGGAGACACAGUUACAGUGACAGGGAUAGUUCGAGUCACCAACGAUGGUAUCUCCCGAGGGAACAAGGAUCAGUGUAUGUUCCUCCUCUACCUUGAAGCCACUUCAGUCAGCAACACUAAAGGUCAGCAGUCCAAGUCAGGUCAGGGGUCGCUGGAAGAUCGUGCUGGAGGGGAGGAGUUCAGUCUGAAGGAGCUGUACGCCAUCCAGGAGAUCCAGUCACAGCCUGACCUGCUGAGACUCAUAGUGCAGUCUUUGUGUCCUGCCAUCUAUGGCCACCUGCUGGUGAAAGCUGCUCUGGCCUUGGCGCUUUUUGGAGGCCGACAGAAACACACGGGCAAGAACAGCGUCCCAGUCAGAGGAGACUCACACAUCCUGAUGGUGGGAGACCCUGGACUGGGAAAGAGUCAGAUGUUACAGGCUGUGUGCAAUGUGGCUCCCAGAGGAAUCUAUGUGUGCGGCAACAGCACGAGCACCACAGGACUAACAGUGACUUUAUCCCGAGACUCAGGAACAGGCGAUUUUGCUCUGGAGGCCGGAGCCUUGGUGCUCGCUGACCAAGGCCUGUGCUGCAUUGAUGAGUUUGAUAAGCUGGGCAGCCAGCAGCAGGCCCUGCUUGAAGCCAUGGAGCAGCAGUCUGUGAGUCUGGCUAAGGCUGGAAUAGUUUCCUCUCUGCCUGCCAGAGCGUCAGUCAUAGCUGCUGCGAACCCCAUCGGAGGACAUUACAACAGAGGAAAGACCGUCUCUGAGAAUCUCAAGAUGGGCUCAGCUCUUCUCUCUCGAUUCGACAUUGUCUUCCUCCUCCUGGACAUCGCAGAUGAGUCACACGACCGCCACCUGUCUGAACACGUCAUGGCGAACAGGGCAGGGAAAGGCCGAACCAGCAGCGCCAUAGUUAGCAGGGCUAACAGUGACUUAGAGACCUCCAUCCUGCUGGAACACUCAGACAUGCCGCUGUCUGAACGUUUGCAGAUCCCUGCAGGUGAAACCAUAGACCCCAUCCCAGUGUCUUUGUUGAGGAAGUACAUCAGCUACGCUCGUCAGUAUGUCCAUCCCUCACUCUCUCCCGAGGCAGCACAGACGAUUCAGGCAUUCUACCUUUCCCUGAGAUCUCAGGCUCACUCUGCUGACUCCACCCCCAUCACCACACGACAGCUGGAGUCUUUAAUCAGACUCACUGAGGCACGAGCCAGAUUGGAGCUCAGAGAGACGGCAACCAAAGGUGAUGCUGAAGAUGUGGUGGAGAUCAUGAAACACAGUCUGGCUGAUACAUACUCAGAUGGUCUGGGCAAUCUGGACUUUGAACGCUCUCAGCUGGGAUCAGGCAUGAGUCAGCGCAGCGCUGCAAAACGACUGGUCAACGCCCUGCACGCUCACGCUCAGAGGACCAACCAGAAGCAGUUUGACCUGCAAACACUUCGAUCUGUGGCCAACAGAAUGAACAUCAAGGUGAUGGAUUUCGAAGGUCUGGUGAGUUCCCUGAACGAACAGGGUUUCCUGCUGAAGAAAGGAGCCAAGCUGUACCAGCUGCAAACUGUCUGAUCACUGACAGCCGCAACAAACCUGCUCCUUCCUGCAGACCUCACCACAAGGUCAGUGUUCAGGAUAACUGCACAGGGUCUCUUUUUAGAGAGGAGGGAAAAAACUCAGCGGGGAACCGCUUAUCAAGACCACUUUCACCAAACCACCGACCAGCAGACAACUGUGUAACCGUUUGAAGAGACUGUAAUGACCACAACAACUGACAGAGACAGCAUCCCUCCGCAGGAUCGUACAGCCGCCACAGUUUCCUGCAUGAACACACACUUACUGCUGAAAAGAGGAACUGACUCUGCAUUUAUAUACACACAAAGCUUCAAACUAAACAUGGUGUUCUUUAUCCUGACUGUAAUUUGGCUGUGCUUUCACCAGCUAACUGGGACUUCAGUCGUUACUCAAGACUACUGGAAAUGUUAUUUAGUGCCCCGUCUCUUCAACGAUGUGAUGUGAUGUGUCACAGAUAUGGUUAAGAGACUUUUCACAUAUUUAAAACCCUAAAAUGGCAAGGUAAGGAUUGUCCAAUUGUGCAGUUUGCUGCAAGUUUGAGAGCAAGGCCAAUAAAAAGGGAUUCUUUUUUCAAAGGCACAUCAAGUUUCCGAAAAAACACUGCUGGUGUGCAACAACAAGAGCCAACAGUAUCUCACUUGCACGGCAGCUAAGAGGGCCUCUGACAAAUCAAACGAUAUGUAUAGAGCAGCGGUAGGCAACCUGCAACCAGUGCCUCUCUGUGGCUAUUGACAAAAAAGAAUCGCAUGAAAAUGAAUAACAACUAUUUUUUUUAUUUAUUUAUGUUUUUCACGUUUUCAUUUAUCACUGUUGUAGGCCUGAAGAAAUUCUUACAUUCUCCAAUUGUAAAAAUGUGUAGCUUAUGCACUGUAUUUCAAAAGACAAAACAAAAAAAAAGGUUAAACAUUUCAUCAACUAAAAUGUGCAUCAUACGUUUACGGCCUGGUGCCUUUCCCUCUACCUUUUGCCAACCUCAGUAGCAGUGGCUCGUCUUUAGUCCCCCUAGCUUGGCUAGCUAUGGUUGCAAAUCCAUAAAACUCUCAGAGGAAUAUACAGAAUUUAAAAGUGCGUAGACAGAUUAUUUUGCUUUCACUGCCAAUGCUGCAAAAGUAAGGUACCAAAUAAUCAUAAAUAUCCCACUGCAGAGGAGCCAUCCUGUGGUGAAACAUAUGUUUGAAUGCUCAUUUAAACCUAUUCUAAUAUUGACAGGCUAAUUUAGACUUAAUAUGCAGUGUUACCAUAAGGCUCAAAUAUGUUUUGCAGCUCCAGGCAGAUUUUUUUUAAAUUACUUUUGGUCAAAAACGGCUCUGUUGAUGGUUAAGGUGUCUGACCACUGAUAUAGGCAAAAAGCAAAGCAAAAACUGACUUCAGGCAAGUAGAGUUUCUGACCCACUUCCAAACCAGCAGGUGAAGAAAGGCAUUAACGGUGAACCCUGCAGGUACACUUUGCUUUUAAUGUACAUGUAUUUUUUACAGAGCAUGGUGACUUUCAAAUAGCAGCUGUAUCUAAAUUUUGUUUCUGUUAUAUUUUAAAGGACGGUCGGUCUUUGGCAGUGCGCUGAACUUCAGAGAGAAGUGCUGAUAGAUUAUAUAAAUUCUACGUAUGUGGUUUCACUGUCUCACUGUUGAGUUGAUUUAUACUUUUUGUUCUUUACACAGGUGACUUUGUUCCAUAGAGACUUUUUUUGAAUACAGUUAAAAUGUACUAUAUUUUAUGUUCUUUUUAUGUAAAUAAAUGACAUGUAUAUUUAUAUAUAUAUUUCUGUUAUCAUUCGAACAGUUGCUUCCUCUUGCUGCCAUUUUAUUGUUAACAUAAUUUUCAAUUUUCUAACAUACUGACUUUGGGAUUGACAUCAAGGGUCUCGUGUGUCGGUCUGUAAUAUGUUGAUCCAAAAAGUUCUCAUUUUGUCUCAAACGUUCUGGACUGUCGACUGUUUCUGGGUUCUUUUUGUAUGAUGUGCUCUUUAUUAUUAAACAUUCACUUUAUACAUUAU